CUGUGGCGAGCACGAGCACGAGCACGAGCAGCAGCGGCGGCACGCGCUCCUCCAGCAGCAGGUGUCCUCGUGCGACGGCGCCACGAGCUCCGCACAGUGUGUCCUGUUGGAAAAGCUGAAGUGCCGAUCACAAACGCAGAGCUCGGCAGAUGAUCCGUGCUGCACUUCACGUCCGUUCAGGUGCUUUGUCCGGAGGAAGAGGAGCAGGGGGAGAGCAGAGUCCAGAGAAACCAGGGCAGGGCUGGAGACGUGAGGCUGGACUGAUACUCACAACGACCCGACACUUGUACCGAAACCUUGUGAGUGAGAUGACAAAGUCGCCCGUCUGAUCGGACACACACACACAGGACAAACAUGGACCCGCAGGUGUGCCCGCCCCCCCUCAACAGCAGCCAGUCGCUGAUCCUGGGGCUGGACCGUUCGCCCGCCCACACGUAUAAACCCGGACACUCACGGAACAGCAGCACCGGCUCCUCCAAGCACUCCAAACAGUCUCGUAACUGGGAGGUGAUGGACGACAUGCAGCACGUGGACAUGAUCGCCGGAUCCUCCAUGGACCUGAGCAUCCCGGGAAUCUGUGAGGGCUUCCUGAUGAAGAGGAGGAAGUACCCGCUCAAGGGCUGGCACAAGAGAUACUUCCUGUUGGAGAAAGGCAACCUGAAAUACUCAAAGACGCAGCAGGACAUCAUGAGGGGGAAGCUUCACGGAGCUCUGGACGUCAGCCUCGCCGUCAUGUCCGUCAACAAGAAGUCCAAACGCAUCGACCUGGACGCAGGAGACAACAUCUACCACCUCAAGGCCAAGAGCAACGACGUCUUCUACAUCUGGCUGACCAAGCUCUGCGCUCACCGGAUCUUCAAGAAGAACGAGGCCAUGAGCGUGCACCGGGGCGUCCUCCACGCUCUGUCCCUGGGCCAGAGCUCCCUGCCCCCCAUGUCCGGCCUCGCCCAGCCCCGACGCUCCACGCCUCCGCACUACGCCAGCUCAGCGUCCGUGUACCAGGCGGAGAUGAGCAGCCCGGCCCCCAGAGCCGCUCCUCACCCCGGGGUCAACAACAAAGUGUCCGCCUGGCUCCAGCAGACGCAGGACAUCGACGCCACCUCCAACGAGCUGGCUCGGUGUCAGGCCGAGCUCACGGAGAUGGCUCAGCUGAUCCAGAGGCUGCACUGGCUGGAGGGAGGACUGCCCAUCACCAGCACCGACCUGGAGCUCAGGAUCAGCAUGCAGAACUUGACUCUGGAGAAGCCCAAGAAGAAGAUGAGCAAAGGCUUCGGUCACUCCAGGACACUGUCACGAGUCGAGGCCAUGGGGGAGAUGUAUCCCACAGGCACUCUGGGCAGCAGUAACAGCGCUCUGGGUGCCUCUGUGCCCUCUCUCCCGGGGUAUCUCUACUCCCAACUGUCCAAGCCCCAGGUCAGCUCUCCAGAGGCCCAGAAACUGCACACCGAGAUCUGCGCCGCAUCUCAGAGAGUGCACGCGUCUCUGCGCUCCGUCCACGAGGUCCUGACCCUGGAGAGAGAGCGGCUCAGACAGGCCUGGACCGGACCGGACCUCAGGCAGAACACGUCCCACCAGCUCGCCACACUCUGCAGUACUCUCUCCGAGUUUGACAUUCAGUCGCGCCUGACCAAAGUCCACUCGUUCUCCCUGUCCUCUGACUCCUCGGACGAAUCCUUCUGUACCGUCCAGCAGACGCCGUCCCUGCACAGCCAGCGCCCGCCCUCCGUGGCCGAGUCGCUGGCCGAAUAUUACGACGCCAGCGAGGUGAUCAUCUGCGAGAGCUCGUCCGAGGCCGAGCAGUCGGACGAGAGCGGACUGAGCGACAUCACCACCACCAGCACGUCCGAGCCCGAGGAGGGACACUCUGCUGCCACGCUCAACUACAGGGACAGUCUGCACAACGCUCCAGACAAACGGCUCGUGCGCUCUGACACCGGCCGCCGCACCGCCCUGCCCGCCCACUGCACCGACAACAGCCACAUCGGCGUCAUGUCCAUCCUCUACAACAACAUCGGCAAAGACCUGUCCCGCGUGUCCAUGCCCGUGGCCCUGAACGAGCCGCUGUGCCUCCUGCAGAGAGUCAGCGAGGAGCUGGAGUACUCCGAGCUCCUGGACACCGCCAACCACACCGACGACCCCUACAUCAGGAUGGUGUAUGUGGCUGCCUUCUCCAUCUCCGGUUACGCCUGGGCCUCCUGGAGGAACCGGUACAAGCCCUUUAACCCCGUGCUGGGAGAGACGUACGAGAGCGUGAGGGAGGACCGAGGAUUCCGCUACGUCAGCGAGCAGGUGAGCCACCACCCGCCCAUCUCUGCCUGCCACGCAGAGUCUGAGAACUUCACCUUCUGGCAGGAUCAGAGAUGGAAGAACAAGUUCUGGGGAAAGUCUCUGGAGAUCAUCUCGUCUGGUCCAGUCAACGUCACUCUGCCCAGGUACAACGAUCACUACGAGUGGAACAAAGUGGUGACGUGCAUCCACAACGUGCUGACUCAGAACCGCACUCUGGAGCACUACGGAGACGUGCUCAUCAUCAACAAGAACAGCGACGUGUGCACGUGCAAGAUCUCCUUUGUCAAAGCGCGCUACUGGAGCUCGACCAGCGCGAAGAACGAGGUGCACGGGGAGGUGCUGAACCGCUCGGGGGAGGUGGUGCACCGCUUCGGAGGCUUCUGGCACGAGGGCAUCUUCUGUGACACUCUGCCAGAGCCCAAGUGCAUCUGGAAGCCAAACGAGCAGCCGGAGGAUUAUUUCCAGUUCUACGGCUUCUCCAGAUACGCCCGAGAACUCAACGAACUCACACCUCAGCUGCAGAAGGUGCUGCCCCCUACGGACACGCGCUACCGCCCCGACCAGAGGCUGCUGGAGGAGGGCAAAGUGACAGAAGCAGAUAAGAAGAAGGACGAGGUGGAGCAGAAGCAGAGAGAUCGCAGGAAGGAGCUGACCAAGAGGAACCAGGAGCACCAGCCACGAUUCUUCUAUAAAACGGUGGACGAGAGCGGGCGCGAGGUCUGGCUCUACAACAACACGUACUGGACGAUCCGCGACAACCCGGGUUUCGCCGCCACCGAGAACCUGGACCUGUGGUGUUAGACCCCGACCGGGACCGCGGACGCCGGGCACCCGUGAGCGCCCCCUACGCCUCAGGGGGAGAGAGGUGCUGCUCGGGCGGAGACCAUGAAAGACUGAAGAAGAAAGAAAACUGGAUGUCUCCGCCGCCGUAACCUCCCGAAACUCCAAAAACAAACUCUCCGGAGCGUUUAAAAGAACCGACGCAAAGUCGAGAUUUUGUAUUGUACUUCUUUUUUUGGGUAAAGAAGCACUAUGGAACUUUUCUUUAGAGGAUCACCUGCUGCCCGCUUGUCUCCAUGGAGAUGCAGUUGCCCGUAAUGUUCCACAGUACGGCAUUAAAUAUCCAACAUACUGUAUUUUUAUUCAAUACGAAAGGUUUUUCUUGUUCAAAAACGCCUUUAAAAACUUGGUGAGAACAGCCAGCUCUCCACAGACCUGACUCAUAACCUGUGCAAAAGACACCAUAAAGCCGUCUCUUUGUCCAGAAUGUUCCACAGUACGGCUUUAAAUAUCCAACAUGCUGUAUUUUUAAUCAGUUCUAGAUGUUUUUCUCAUUCAAAAACACCUUGAAAAACUUGGUUACUAGACUCUCCUCUCCACAAACCCGACUUGUAACUCGGCUUUAUAGUGUCUUUUUGGAAUCGACCGCUGUGUGAUUGUCUCCAUGACGAUGCAAUUGCCUGGAAUGUUCCACAGUACGGCAUUACAUAUCCAACUUACCGUAUUUUUUAUUCAAUACGAGAGGUUUUUUAUCGUUCAAAAACACCUUGAAAAACUUGGUUACCGGGGCUGCCUCUCCACAGACCUGGCUUGUAACACAGCUUUAUAGUGUCUCUUUGGGAUUGUUUUCUGUGCAGUUGUCUCCAUGGCGAUGCAUUUGCCCGUAAUGUUCCACAGUACAGCAUUACUUAUCCAACAUUCUGUAUUUUUAUUCAAUUCUAGACGUUUUUCUCGUUCACAAACACCUUGAAAAAUUUGGCUACGCGGGUCUCCUCUGCACAGACGUGACUUGUAACACGGCUUUAUAGUGUCUAAUUGGGAUCUUUUUCUGGGUGGUUGUCUCCAUGGCGAUGCAGUUUGUCCGUAAUGCUCCACAGUACGGCAUUAAAUAUCCAUCUUACCGUAUUUUUUUAUUCAAUUCUAGAUGUUUUCUCUCGUUCAAAAACACCUUGAAAAACUUGGUUACUGGGCUCUCCUCUCCACAAACCCGACUUGUAACUCGGCUUUAUGGUGUCUCUUGCACGUCUCCUUGGAAAUAAGUUUAAUGCUGUACUGCGGGACAUUCCAGACCGAGCAGUAACACGCCUAUAACCUCGCGGAGUCACUUUUUGUACGUAUAAAAAUCCAUAAAUUGAAUCAGUUUUUCACACUUUGAGACGCUCCUGAAGCCUUUACCGUCGCCGUGGAGACGAGCAGGCGGCGUUACCCAAUGACAGAAAAGUUCCACGGUGCGGCUUUAAGCGUAGAGGUGGAUUUGCACUGGCCACGGCUGAGACCAGUGGCGUUCCUGUACAGAUUAUUUAUUGUGUAUAUGGAUCAUGUACUUGUACUCGUCGUCUUUGUAUCGUUGUAUUUUUUCAUGUGAGCUCGGAAAAAGGUCGGGACUCUUUUUUUUUUUUUUGUUGAUGCGAUGAAGUAUUUUUUAUGGAUGUUUCAACAAAGGAUUUUAGUGAAAAGAGACUGUAAAAGUAAAAGUGAACGCGCUGUCUUUUCUUAUACAUGUUUUGUUUUGAAUAAAAUGUUUGGUUGAUCAGAAAACGGCUGCUGACCGUGUGGGUUUU